UACUCUCCAAAUUCCACAAACCAAAUAAAGUUAUAAUCAAAGAACGAUGCUUCCAUUCCCCAACUACUACGUUUCAACACCAAUUAUGUCCGAGAAGAAGAACAUAAGCAGCAGCAAUAAUAGUAAGAGAAGAAAGAAGAGAUGGCCACCGACACUCUUAUCUGGAGGGAGAAGAGGAGGAGGAGGAGGAGAUGAGCUAGCGACGGUGAAAGCUGCGGCGUGGGCUUGGUACCAAAGAAACGAAGGGAAACCAAUGAUUAGAGAAUUUGAUAUCGCGACAAGAGCCACAAGAACACCUCGACCUUCGCGGUACAAGCUCGAAGCCAGCAAGAACAUGAUUUUAUCCGAGAAUAGGGUUUCUAAGUCAGACACUAAUCAUUUGUCGCAUGAAGAUCAAGAAACCAAGUUCUCUAGUCUUCUUGACCCUUAUGAGAUCAUGAGCAUCUCUAAAAGGAUUGACGAGGGAUCGUUACCCGCCAAUCCAACAAGUAGUUUCCGUCAUGAUAAUGUUUUACUGCAGAAUAAGCUAGAAAAUGAUCAUAGUAUGAAGGAGAAUCGGGUUGUCACGAAAAUGAGCAUGAGAAACUUGUGGAAAGGAAUGAUUCUGAUGGCGGCUCCAAGGACAGUUUGUGGAAGAAGUGAUGACGUGGAUAUUGAGGCUUAUCGAGCUAACCCAAGAACAUUAAAGGUAGCACCCACGAGUGCCAAGACUCGAACCGACCGUCGUUAACUCUAUAGUCUCUAUUCUUGUGUCUGGAUAUUUAAAUGUUAAGAAUGUCUUCUU